AUGCGUCCUUCGACACUGCUGGCCGCGGCACUGGGUGCAAUCACGACCAUCGCUGCUCCCACGUGGCCGUCCCUGAACACCAACGCUGCCCAGCCAGGCUCGCUUGACACCGUCUCGGCCUACUUCAAUAUGCUUGCGACGAAAGUCCAGGAAGGUCGACAGAUGGCAGUAGCACCAGUCUGCGACCUCUCGACGGUGAAGUUACCGGAAGCUCCCGUACCUCUACCAUCCGUGAGUGCGGGCUUGACAUUGAAGCACGUCGCCGUUGGCCGCGGCACACAAAACUACACAUGCGACACCACCAACUCGACAGCGGUCCCCGUAGCAGCCGGAGCCUUGGCAACCCUGUUCAACGCCAGCUGCAUCGUAUCCAGCUAUCCUGAUCUGGCCAACAUGAUCACGAAGAUGGCGCUGCAGUUCACCCUCACCGCAGAGGAAUCGAGACUUGGGCCUAGCAAUCUCCUCAUCUCGGGACAGCACUACUUUACCAACGCCACAACGCCCUUCUUCAAUCUGGACCGACCCAACCUGCAGCUCGGUGAGGCUCCCACGCAGAAGCUCAACGCGACCAAUGCACCCUCCGAUGCCGCCAAGGGACCUGAUGGCGCUGCAGCAGUUCCAUGGCUGAAGCUGUCGACUCGCAAUGGCGCCACUGGUGACCUACAGGAGGUCUACCGUGUUGAGACGGCAGGAGGCAGUGCACCAGCGACCUGUGCAGGCAAGACUGCUACGUUUGAGGUGCAAUACUCGGCACAAUACUUCUUCUUCGCGGGUCCCAAGCCUACAUAA